ACAGUGCUUAAAUAAGUUAACCUUCCAAAACGAAAAAUGGGGUCAAGGAGAAGUGUAUCUUCAAGGAAUCAUUCUUUCAGUGCCUAUGAAAUCGUGGUGGGAGUUCUCUUUGCCAUAUUAGUGGUGGUCUGUGCUGGAUUAACGGCAAUAUCCUGGCUGGCAAUCAAGGAAGCAGAAAGAGAUGCAGCAUUUGGACAAAGUCAUGAAGCCAGAGGAACAUUUAAAAUAACAUCUGGAGCUACAUAUAAUCCUAAUUUGCAAGAUGAACGUUCAGUGGAUUUCAAAGUUCUUGCCUUUGACCUUCAGCAAAUGAUAGAUGACAUCUUUCAAUCAAGCAAUCUGAAGAAUGAAUAUAAAAACUCAAGAGUUUUACAAUUUGAAAAUGGCAGUGUUGUAGUCAUAUUUGACCUUUUCUUUGCCCGGUGGGUGUCAAAUGAAAAUGUAAAAGAAGAACUUAUUCAAGGCAUUGAAGCAAAUAAAUCCAGCCAACUGGUCACUUUCCAUAUUGAUUUGAACAGCAUCGAUAUCUCAGACAAGUUAACAAGCAGCCGUCUUCUGGCAACUCCAGGAAAUGUAUCAAUGGAGUGCCUUCCUGGUUCAAGACCUUGUGCUGAUGCUGUAACGUGUAUAGCCAUUGACUUAUUUUGUGAUGGAGAAUUAAACUGUCCAGAUGGUUCUGAUGAAGACAAUCAAAUCUGUGCCACAGAUUGUGAUGGAAAAUUUUUGUUGACUGGAUCUUCUGGAUCUUUCCAGGCUGCCCAUUAUCCAAAGCCUUCUAACCCAAAUAUUGUUUGCCAGUGGAUCAUAAGUGUAAACCAAGGACUUUCUGUUAAACUGAGCAUCGAUUCUUUUAAUACAUACAAUCCAGAUAUAUUAAAUAUUUAUGAAGGUGUAGGAUCAAGCAAAAUUUUGAGAGCUUCUCUUUGGGAAACUAAUCCUGGUACAAUUAGGAUUUUCUCCAACCAAGUUACUGUCACCUUUCUUAUAGAAUCUGAUGAAAAUUAUUAUGUUGGCUUUAAUGCAACAUAUACAACAUUUAACAGUAGUGAGCUUAAUAAUUAUGAGAAAAUUGACUGUAAUUUUGAAGACGGCUUCUGUUUCUGGGUCCAAGACCUUAAUGAUGACAAUGGCUGGGAACGGAUUCAGGGAAACACCUUUCCUCCUCUUACUGGACCCAAUUUUGACCACACUUUUGGCAAUAUUUCAGGAUUUUACAUUUCUACCCCGACUGGACCAGGAGGGAGACAAGAAAGAGUGGAACUUAGAAGCCUCCCUUUGGACCCCACAUCGGAACCAGUCUGCCUCAGCUUCUGGUAUUAUAUGUAUGGUGAAAAUGUCUAUAAAUUAAGCAUUAAUAUCAGCAGUGGCCAAAACAUGGAGAAGACAAUUUUCCAAAGGGAAGGAAAUUAUGGAGAAAAUUGGAAUUAUGGACAAGUAACAUUAAAUGAAACAGUUGAAUUUAAGGUUGCUUUUAAUGCUUUUAAAAACCGGGUCCUCAGUGAUAUAGCGUUGGAUGAUAUCAGCCUGACAUCUGGGAUGUGCAAUGAGAGUCUUUAUCCAGAACCAACUCCUCUACCAGAACUUCCCACGGACUGUGGAGGACCUUUUGAACUAUGGGAGCCAAAUACAACAUUCAGUUCUACGAACUUUCCAAAUGGCUACCCCAAUGGGGCUUUCUGUGUUUGGAACUUAAAUGCACAAAAAGGAAAAAAUAUACAGCUUCAUUUUCAAGAAUUUGACUUAGAAAAUGUUGCAGAUGUAGUUGAAAUCAGAGAUGGAGGAGAAGAUGGUUCCGUACUCUUAGCUGUGUACACAGGACCUGGUCCAGUAAAGGACGUCUUCUCUACCACCAGCAGAAUGACUGUGCUUUUAAUCACUGACCAAACUUUGGCAAGAGGAGGGUUUAAAGCAAACUUCACUACUGGCUAUCACUUGGGUAGUCCAGAGCCCUGCAAGGAAGAUAAUUUUCAGUGUGCAGAUGGAGAGUGUGUUCCCCUGGCGAACCUCUGUGAUGGGCACCCACACUGUAAGGACGGCUCAGAUGAAGCACACUGUGUGCGCCUUUUCAAUGGCACAACAAGCAAGGCUGGGUUAGUGCAGUUCAGAAUCCAGAGCAUAUGGCACACGGCUUGCGCUGAGAACUGGACCGCCCAGAUUUCCAAUGAUGUUUGUCAGCUGAUGGGACUCGGGAGUGGAAACUCUUCAAUGCCAAUCUCCUCAACCCAAAGUGGACCAUUUGUUAAACUGAGCACAGCAGCUGAUGGCAGCUUAACACUAACACCUAGCCAACAGUGUCUCCAGAAUUCCCUGAUUCUGUUGCAGUGUAAUCCUAAAUCUUGUGGGAAAAAAAUGCUGGCUCAGGAAGUCACCCCGAAGAUUGUUGGAGGGAAUAAUGCGAAAGAAGGGGCCUGGCCCUGGCUUGCUGCUCUGUAUUAUAAUAACCAACUGCUCUGUGGCGCGUCUCUCGUCAGCAGGGACUGGUUGGUGUCUGCCGCACACUGUGUGUAUGGGAAAAACAUGAAGCCAUCCCAGUGGACGGCAAUCCUAGGCCUGCACAUGACCUCAAAUCUGACUUCUCCUCAAACAGCAGCUGUGCUGAUAGAUCAAAUUGUCAUAAGUCCACAUUACAAUAAACGGACAAAGGACAAUGACAUUGCAAUGAUGCAUCUUGAAGUUCAAGUGAAUUACACAGAUUACAUACAACCUAUUUGUUUACCAGAAGAGAAUCAAGCUUUUCCCCCUGGAAGGAUGUGUUUUAUUGCUGGCUGGGGAAGACUUAUACAUCAAGGUCCUACUGCAAACAUAUUGCAAGAAGCUGAAGUUCCUCUUCUAUCAAAUGAGAAAUGCCAACAACAGAUGCAAGAAUAUAACAUCACUGAAAAUAUGAUAUGUGCAGGCUAUGAAGAAGGGGGAACAGAUACCUGUCAGGGGGAUUCAGGAGGACCAUUAAUGUGCCAAGAAAACAACAGGUGGUUCCUUGCUGGUGUGACGUCGUUUGGAUACCAAUGUGCACUGCCUCAUCGCCCAGGGGUGUAUGUCCGCGUCCCAAGGUUCACAGAAUGGAUACAAAGUUUUCUACAUUAGAGCAUUUCUAAAGUUAAACAUGAAAGUUGGCUAGUUUUCCCAUUCCACCUCAUGGAGCAUAGAAAGUGAUAGUUUUGUUUAAAAAAAUAAAAAGUUACAAGAAGCCUUUCUUUCUAAGCCACUGAAAUGUUAGGG